GCCCCCAGUGGUAGAGUCCUUGUAGCGUCUCCUAUCUGUACUGAUUAGGUCAAAAUACUGGACUAAGAGACGGGGUUAUCUGUUGUUGUGGUGAUCAAUCGUCUUGGAUUGUUUCAGUCUGUGUUGUUCUGUGUUUGAUCACAAUACUGAAUUAUAUAACUGGCUGUUGGUGUUCGUUUGGAGAGACGAUGCAGGGCCAAUCAGCGGCAUGUAACCAGAAAUGUGGUUAUUUGGAGGUCAAACAGUCUGCUAAAGUGAGAAAUAGGAAACUGAAGUCAUGGAAACGCCGCUGGAUCGUGGUCCACCAGAUGAGCGACCUCACCAGCGGUGCCUACGCUGCCAAGAUCGAGGUGUACACAGACGAAGAGACAGCCGUUCGAACGCCAGGAGACAGACAGACGUUUGUCCUAGAUCACGUGACCGAUGUCCAGCUCGCGACGUCAAAGACACACCCCUAUGCGUUUGAAAUCGUGGAGACAGAACCAGUUCUAGUCUUCUCAGGCUCGUCCAAUGAGGAGACACUGCAGUGGAUGAACGCCUUUAAGAAAAUCUUCUAUCCAGAAAAACCGGGAGGAGAAUACGGCAGGUACGAGGUCAGUAUCCAGCCUAACACUCACUCUGCAAGAUUAAACCUGGAUGGAAAGUACACGUUGUCAGUGACAACCAGUGACGUGGCACUUCAGACGGCAGAUGGUGGUGACGUCAUAAAAUGGGGCCUCGGCUCUCUGAAGAGAUUCCACCUGGACACAGAGCCAAACGCCAAUCAGAGAAAAGUGUUGGUCAUCCACAGUGGACCAAAUUCCUACACCGGAGAAGGCAUUUUCCGCUUUUUGUCAAGUCGUGCAGAGACUAUCCUCAGCGCCAUCAGAAUGUGCAUCAAGGAAGCCAUUGCUCUCAAACAAAAGCAACGAGAGUUAGUACCUCAGGAUCACAACAGAGACAGGACAGUGUCCUUUACCGCCAGCGAGAAGAACUUCAAUGUGCUUCUUGACAACAUCAAGUUUGGUGACAUGAAAGGGGAUCGAUCAGGGUCGAUAUUGUCAUCGUCCUCAAAGACGUCCACCAUGUCGUCCAUCGGCUCGACCCCACCCUGUUCCCCAACAUCAGCGUCCCCUUCCGUCAGUCCACCUAAUUUACCAGCGCGUAGAUUAGGGGACUCUCCGGGGAAGAUCCCCAAAAAUGCAAGUGUUCCCAAUAUAGCUGCACAUGGGGAUGACACUGGGUACAGCCACAUUCGUGACAAACUAAGAACCAUGUCCCUCACGUCUCGCACUUCCGUGACAUCGCGAGACUCGGGAGUAGUGUUCCCUGACACUGAUGGAAAGGGGCCCCCAGAAAGAGUGAGGAAGGUUUCUGUGGAGAAAAGAUGUUUCAGCAACUCUUUCGAUAGUGCCGUGUCCAGUGGUUCUUUCGAAGAGGCAAGGCGGAAAAUUAGCGACGUUGAACAGCCCAUCGAAGAAGAAAGUCCCCCAGUGCCUAUAUACAAUGACAUUGACGACAAACACGUUACCGGUGAUUCGAAGAAAAUAUCAAUGGAUGGCAAACAAAGGAGGCAUUCUACCGGUGAGUGUAAAAAGGAGAAUGAGUAUGAGGAUUUGGAGAAGUUCAGGAGCAAGGAUAAGGACAGCAGUGAAGAAACUACGAAGAAGACAGAUGUCCCUCCAGCGUUACCAGAAAGGCCUCGAGUCCUCCGUCUACGUCAAUCGCCAACCGAUGUGUCUCCGCUGCAAAGAACUGGAUCAGGUUCUAAGGCUUUCAGACACAGCUGUAUUGCCAAACUCGCAAACUUUGACCAAGGACGAAGAGGUUCUUCAGGUGACUUUGUGGACGAGGUCGGUGGAACCAAGGCUCUCUCAAGAUCAAGCAGUAAAGACUUGUACGCAUCAAUUCCAGACUUAGGUUCUCGAGACAGCUUGGGUUCUGAUGCUAUUCCUAUACAAGGUGGUAAAAGGCAACCGUCUCCCCUAGAAGAUGUCAGUGAGGUCUGUCUGAACAUCUUUGCCCCUUCUGUAGGGGACUGGAAAAUUUCAUCAGGAACACCUCCACGUGAAACAAUUUCCAGAUCAUUGCCACCAACACCUCCUCAAACGACACCUUCGAACCAGCCUCCCGUGGAUGACCUUUUGGGCCUUGGCCCUUCCAUGACAAACACAGAGCGGCUGCCUGUUCCUCUUAUUGACAUUACAGAAGGCGUGGACAUGACUGUGACCAAGCCAGCUGAUUUAUUGAAAGGAUUUGAUCCUUUUGAAAGUAACUCAAUGACCAAUGACUUAUUGAUCCAGGGUGACUGGUCCUGUUCAGUAACCGACACUUCGGCCGAUACAGGCCAGGAAAACCCUUACUUCGACAUGGGUGCAAACAGGAGGGCGGAAAUGGAAGCAGAGACUGAACUCAUUUAUAUGGCGCCUUCAAAGGAAUGAACAUAUGAAUGAGUGAGAUUUUACUCUGCUUUGUUACUUCAGCUUAAUGUGGGAGGAAACCAAUAAUGACGCAGGUCAUGAGCGUUUACACGAACAGAACACGGAUACAGCAGGAUCGUGAAUUCGCACCCAUGAUAAGUGGAGCCUGGCACAUCAAAGGGACGCAACUCUGCACAGCUUUUGAUCACAGGACUUGAAAUGAAAUUGAACACAUGUCGAUGUGAACUACAAUAUAAUGUCUCCAGAAUUGUGCAAUAGAUACACGUUGUUUCCAAAAGGACGUUUUCUACAAUGCAUCGUGUGUUUAACACAUCUAAACAAUUAUGUACUUUUGAUAUGUAAUGAUGUGAUACAUAGAAGUGUAAUCAAAUCCAAGAAAGUGCAAUACUGUGGAAAUUCAUGAAAAUGAUUUGUUCCAAAAAUUACCGGAAGCAAAUAAUUUUGCCUCACAAGAAUAUUAAAUGGUCAAUUUGUCCAUGCAAGGUUCCUGUUGGUGUCAUUACUAUGAUAAAGAAGACUUUAUACAUCGUAAUACGACGUCGACACGCGUGGAAACGUACACAGUUGUGUGGUCACAGCCUGCUUCUUCGAAAACAGUUUUAAAUCAGGAUUUUCGCAUAAACAUGCCUGAAUGGGGAGUUACCCUGGCAGUUAACCCCAAGUUGACAUUCCUAUAGGGGUUGUGUCAACGAAAUGAUAUAGAAGCAAGCACAUUGCAGUGACUUCGACAUGCAUUAGCAGAGACUAUAUGUUCCUAAACAUACCUCAUGUACUUGUUUACCCCUAAAGCGCCUUUAUAUUCACGUUAGUUCCAAAGCAUUACUAAUCAUGUCUUCGAUGGGCAUUUACAAGUUGGAAGAACAUGAAGCAUGAAACAGUAUGGAUAACGAUUUCUCCAUUGUUUGUAACGACUUUUCAAAGCAUCUUCUUGACUCUCCAUCAGGGGCAACAAGAAGCUCUGAAACGUCGUUAUAAACAAUGAAAAAGGUGUUAUCCAUAAACAUUUUCAUGUCUUCAAAUACUAAUAAUGUCGAUGCGUACAGUUUAACAUUGUUAUAUAAACAUGACCUAAUGUAAUAUUUAUGUACGAUUCAUGUUUCAGUAUAGAUUAAUAUUGAUAUAAAGGCCAUGUAAAAAUGUAACAGUAUUCUGCAUUCACCUCAAUCACCUCCUGUGUUCUGUCACUAGAAACAGCAUAAACGUGCAACUUAAACAAGUAUAGGAGUAAACCACCGUAUUUACAGUAAAUACUUGCCAAGAUCAUAUUGCCAAGACUGUGAACACUUAAACCAGUUUAACAUUAAUAGAAAAGGGUGGUCAUUUGAAACCUACGGUACGACUAGAUCCUUGUCAGGACAAUCUAUUAAAAUGUCAUAAUCUCCUCUCAGUUUUACACACCAAGACUACAAAGCCCGUGUAGCAUAUGUCUUUAGUGCCUUUCGUGGAACAUUGUGAAGGUAGUGGUAGUGGUACUGGUAGGGCAGGGCACACUUACCCUUUUCGUGAACACCUGAUGUCAUCACUGACUUUCUGUGAUCCAUUCAUAAACUUUUCACAGCUAUUUUGCCAUUUACACCCGAUGGAAUAUGUUUCGGUGGAUAAUCGAGACUGGUUAUUCUCUGGCGUUAACCUUUUAUAUUUUAAAAUAACUCACGAUGGAGGUCUAUACCAAAUUAAAACGACAAAACCUUUUCCAUAUUCAUAAGAGGUGAGGUGAAAUGGGGUUUAACGUCGCGUCCAAGAUUAUUGCACUUAUAUAGCGACGUGCAUAUUCUGUGAAAUCUCUGCCCAAAACAGAUUGUACGAUUCUGACUAGAUCAUGAGAAUGUGUGUAUAAAUCGCUAUCAAAUAGUGAUGAUAUCAGGGGCGUGUCCUGAACCACCAGUGGCAUCCGUCACAAACACAUGCAAAGUCAAGUCA